AUGUAUGUGUUUGAUAGCAUUCCCAAAGCUGUGGCCAUCGCCAUCGUAUCUGAAUUUUGUGCCGCCUGUGGCCGUGUUAAAAGGUCCGGAUCCGAAGAUGCCCUAUCGAUAAAUUCCUCGGCUGUGACGGCUGCGGCUGUGGCGGAUGUUGUUGCUACCGUGCCUGCCGGAAGCCAGCAAGGGCAAGAAGACCGACCACCUGCCGCUUGGACAACCUUCAUUCCUGCUAACUAA